UUAAUCAUAACAAGUUAUUAUUGAUUAUUAAUAUUUCCUAUAGCUAAUUCCUUACAUUAUCUAUUUUGGAAUAUGACCAGCUGUUAAAGUUUCCACCAAAAUCUUCACAUUCUUUUACUGGUUUAUUUUUUUUAACAGACAUCUUAGAGACGAACGUGUGCUAUCUGUGGUAAAAACUAAUUUUGACUACCAAGGGUUAAAAGCUAAGAUAAAACCUAUUUUCUCGUCUAGAUCCUGGAGACGAUCAUCUAUGCAUUUAUGUCAUUCAGAAUGGACUAUUGUAAUGUCCUGUAUUUAGGACUUUCUCAGUCAUUGGUGAAUCUGCUGGUUCAAAAUGCUACAUAAGACCAUCCUGAUAUUGACCGGGCCUAUAAGAAAGAGGGACAGAAUCACUCUGAUUUUAACAUCAUUGCAAAGUUUACCUGUCAGUAUUGACUAUAAUGCCAUAUUAAUCAUUUUAACCAUCUUGCUUCAGGGACCGCGGGCCCUUUUCGAUUGCCGGAGGUUAUGGAAUAAUUUACCGAUCACCAUCCGUUCUACCUCCACUUUCAACAUUUAAAACUUCAUCUUUGUUUGUUUUUCUUGAUUGUUUUAUACAGCACUUUGAGUUGCACUUGAGACAAAUGUGAUUUAAAUAAGAAAACUAAACUAAACCACAUGUUGUAGUGAUGUAUCUUGAAAAGUUGGAUUUUGUCUACUCCUGGUGGCAAUUUUCAUGAACUACAGUCUGUUAUCUGUGGUAUUUUAUUGUAUCUGACUGGUUAAAUAUUUGUUACGCUGCUGCAGAACGAGGCAAAUAUGAAUGACAGAUUAUACAGUUAAAUGAUAACCAAAUGACUCUGGAAGGACAAAUAUGUCUUUCUUGUUCUUUUCACUGCCUUUAUUAUUCCACAGCAUAGGACAAAUAUCCGACUUUUUACACCACUACAUUCCACAAACGUCUGCCAUUCAAAAAAAGUCUGUCAUUGUUUUUGAUAUUAGAAGAAGAUAUCGAGACCCAAUAGCAAAAUCCGAAUCGUGAACUAGUUAUAUUUUUUACGUGAAUUAUUAAGGCACAUAAAAUAUUGCUUAUCAUCACUCCAUGUUGACCACACAGUUUGUGGUACUGACCAGAGACAAACUACGAGCACAAAUGAGUGAUAGAUGACCGAGCCAAUGAGAGUAGUUGUGGGCGGGGCGAUGCAUACUAGCCACGCCCACGCCGCGUACCAGCGCGCGAAAGAGUCAAGUGCAGUGCUGAGAGAGUUUGACUAGUCCAAGCUGAAAAUGGUCGUGUCGCUGACUACGACGAGGCUGAGUUUGAAUUGUGGACCGUCGACGGAUGGCGGACAGAGAUAUGAAGGAGAUAUUUGAUGAUUCACAGAAAAAACAAUACGUCAAUUACAGAACAAAUGGAUGUCCAAGGGCAAAGUCAAGUGCUGACUGAAGCAAAGAAGCGUAAAAAUGUCACAAAAAAGAAUUUAUCACAAAGCAAAAGAACUACAAAGACCAACAAGUCUUUCACUUGCUCUGAGUGUGGAAAGAGUUUCACACUGAAAGGAACCUUUAAAAAGCACCAACUAAUUCAUACUGGCGAGAAGCUUCACACGUGUCCUCAGUGUGGAAAGAGUUUCAUGCUAAAAGGCCACCUUAACAGACACAUGAGAAUCCACACUGGAGAGAAACCUCACGCAUGUCUUCAGUGUGGAAAGAGUUUUUCACAAAAGAUUAAUCUCAGUCGUCAUCUGCGCUGUCAUGAAAAACCAUUCAGCUGUGAUCAGUGUGACAAGAAGUUCAGAUCCUCAUCAUAUCUCAACAAACACCUGACAGCUCACGCAGUCGAGAGGCCGUACUUGUGUCCAGUGUGUGGAAAGAGUUUUUCACGGCUGGCCAAUUGCAGAACACACCAGAAGAUCCAUUCUGUGAAAAGUCAUGCUUGUGUGGAGUGUGGCAAGACCUUCGUCAUACUUGAACGUCUUAAAAGGCAUAUGAAAAGUCACUCUGAAGAAAGACCGUUCACAUGCACUCAGUGUGGAUAUGGAUUCAAAGUGAAAGUCCACCUGAACAAACACAUGAGGGUUCACACUGGAGAGAAGCCGCACACGUGCCAUCAGUGUGGGAAGAGCUUCAUACAGUUGUCGGGUCUCCGCUAUCAUAUGCAACGUCACUCUGGAGAAAAACCUUAUCGUUGUGAUCAGUGUGGGAAGACAUUUACAUCGUCAUCAAUUCUAAGAAGACACCUGAUGGUUCAUGCGGAUGAGAGGCUCCAUACGUGCUCUCUAUGUAAGAAGAGUUUUUCACGAGCGGAUAAUUUGAAACAGCACCAAAAAGUACAUGAUGCUGUACGGGAUCACAUGUGUUUCGAGUGCGGGAAGAGCUUUAUAGCAGCGAGUCAUUUGAAAAAUCACCAAAAAAUUCACACUGGAGAAAAACUGUUCAGCUGCUCGCAGUGUGGAAGGAGUUUCACACAAAAAAGCCACUUAAACAAACACUCACAUAUUCAUGACGGUGAGGGGCCGCAAACAACGCGUUAUCAUUGCUCAAGUAAAUAAUCUGAGAUUCUGAGAAUGCAAUUGUUUUAAGUUAUUGUUCAAAUGAAGUUGUUUUUACUUCAUUGUUCAAAUACACUUGUACACUUUUGAGGAGAGAAAGUUAAAAUGUCUGUUUAAAACCAUCCUAUAGGGGGCAGACAAGUUCCCGUUACUCACGGUCACUCAUUUAUUUGUAAAAUAUGAAGUGACUUUUACAGUAGGACAUUUAAUAUAGCCUAUUCUCUGACAUGUUUGUGAUUUACCGUCUGUACUUUGGAUGUUUCCGUCUCUUGAUCCUUUUUCAUCAGACUCACCCUGAUCUGAGAUUGUUUUCGUGGGAUUCUUUCUUCCUUUUGAAAUAAAGACUUUUUUUUU